AUGUUGAACAGUUGCAUUGUUACUUUUAACAGAACUUUAAGGAAGAAGGAAAAGAGCUACUGUAAGAUGAUGCAAAAUCGCUUAUGUAUUAGUAGACUAGUUGAAUGUAAAAUAAACAAAUUUUACGAAAUGUCGCUAUGGAGAAAAAGCCUUAUAGGGGUAAGCAGUGUGAGUAAGAAAAAGAUGGUAAAAAGUUAUAGCAAUUUUCAUGCGGAUUUAUUGUUAUAUGGGAAAAAUAAAAAAUAUGAAACAAUUUUUCCACUACAAGAACGAUUACACGCAUGCGCAGCAUUACGCUUAAACGCACACUCACAAGCAGGCGUAUACCCAUGCUCAUAUGUAUGUGUACAUCUACAUCCACCUCCACGCUCAAACCCCGUUACCCACUUCAUUCCAAAUUUGCGGGCUUUUUGUUCGAUGCCCCACAAUAUUAUAAAAAAGAAUGAAGAGAGUGUGGGGAAAACAACUGAUAACCCCAAGCAGUCACUAGAAGAGGAAAUGAAACGUAUCAAAGAAAAAAUGAAAAGGGAACGAGUAAAACAUAAGAAGGUUUUAUUUUUUAUUUUUAGUUGUAUAUUUGGCUUAUAUAUGUAUUUUGAAUCAUAUAAUCCAGAAUUUUUUAUGUACGAUGUUUUUUUAAAAUUUUGUUUAAAAUAUAUAGAUAGUGAGUUAUGUCAUGAUCUAUUUUUAUUAUUAGGAAAAUUUAGAUUAUUACCGUAUGAUACAAGUAAUGAUAGUAUAUAUGCAUUAUCAAAUAUAAAGGAUUUAAAUUUUAUAAACCCGUUUGGAGUAGCAGCAGGGUUUGAUAAAAAUGGUGUAAGCAUCGAUUCGAUAUUAAAAUUAGGUUUUUCAUUUAUAGAAAUAGGUACAAUGACACCUAAGCCUCAAAAAGGAAAUGAAAAACCUAGAAUAUUUAGAGAUAAUGAGACAAAGAGUAUAAUAAAUUCUUGUGGGUUUAAUAAUAUAGGUUGUGAUAAAAUAACAACAAAUUUAAUUGAAUUUAGAAAAAGACAAGAAAAGGAUAAAAUUCUAAGUAGACAUAUUGUUGGUGUAAGUAUAGGGAAAAAUAAAAAUACAAUUAAUAUUAUAGAUGAUUUAAGUUAUUGCAUUAAGAAAAUAGCUAGAUACGCAGAUUAUAUAGCAAUAAAUGUUAGCUCACCUAAUACACCAGGAUUGAGGGAUAAUCAAGAGUCUGCAAAAUUAAAAAAUAUAAUUCUGAGUGUACAGGGAGAAAUAGAUAAGUUGGAAAGGGGGGAUAAAAACAGUGAAGUAGAUACUGCACUAUGCAUAACUAACAGCAUAAGUAACCACAAUGAUGAGAAUAAGUUAUGGAUAAACACGACUAAAAGAAGACCACUUGUUUUUGUGAAAUUAUCUCCUGACUUAGAAGAAAAUGAUAGAAAGAAAAUUGCGCAAGUAUUACUAGAAACUGAUAUUGAUGGUAUGAUAAUCUCUAAUACUACUAUAAAAAAUUUUAACAUAAAAAGUUUUGAAAAUAAGAAAGGGGGCGUUAGUGGACAAAAACUAAAAGAUAUAUCAACAAAUUUGAUAGCAGAAAUGUAUAAUUAUACGAAUAAAAAAAUCCCAAUAAUUGCAUCUGGGGGUAUAUUUAGUGCGGAAGAUGCCUUAGAAAAAAUAGAAGCAGGUGCAUCCGUUUGUCAGUUAUACUCUUGUUUGGUUUUUAAUGGAGUCAAAACUGCAGUUAAAAUAAAGAGGGAGCUAAACAACUUGUUGUAUCAGCGCGGGUAUUACAACUUGGAGGAGGCCAUAGGGAAAAGGCAUAAAAGGGGGGACCAGCGCAACUGA